AUGUUUGAGUCUGACUUGAUGGUGAAGCACCAAAUUGUUGUUGUUGGUUUUGGUGCGGUUGGAAAGUCCGCACUAACAAUUCAGUAUUUUCAAAAGUGUUUUAUGGAUGAUUAUGAUCCAACAAUUGAGGACUCGUUUACAGGACACAAGAAAAUUGAUGGAGAGUGGUGCCUACUCGAAGUUCUGGACACCGCUGGUCAGGAGGGCUACAGUCCCCUGAAGGAAGAGUCCAUGAGGAGGGAACAUGGCUUCAUGCUUGUCUUCUCUGUCAUCGACCACUCCAGCCUCGAAGGAAUCCCUCUUUUGCAUGAGCAAAUCCUGCGCGUUAAAGAUGUUGACACGUGUCCGAUGAUUUUGGUUGCCAACAAGACUGAUUUGGUGCAUCAGCGCAAGAUCUACAGCAAUCAGGGCGAAGAAAUGGCCCAGAAGCUUGGGAUACCCUACGUUGAAACCAGUGCCAAGAACCCACCAAUGAAUGUCGAUAAAUCUUUUCACGAUCUUGUCGGUCUAAUUAAAAAACAGCCAAAGUCUGUGGAAAAGAUGAAGAAAGAGAGCACUUUGAACAAAGUUAAGUCCUCCAAGUGCACUGUGCUAUAGUGUCACCGAAUGGCGCAAGUGGAGUGGAGUGAAAUGGAAGAACAACCACGCCUCUCUAAACUAAACAACUGUUGUUCGAACAAAACUCGUCAAACUUGUCUUCUUCUAUUCUCUCGCUCUAUCUUUGGCUCAAGCUUGCCUUCGUAGUGAUUCAUUGAUUCACUACUCCAGAAGUAAUUAGAGCUAGAAGUAAUUUAGAAGUAAUUUGCCACCAGAGGGUAAUCCAAUGAAAUGUUAUCCAAAUUUUUGUGUUGUCAUUGAAAUUAUACAAACAAAAUGAUGCGCCUUUUAAUCACGUUGUUUCUUAGUUCUUUACUUUUUGUUUCUUUGUUUAUUCGAUCAAAAUGAUGCUCGAUAAGUUUCAGCCUCCUUCUUGUUUCUUGUUGUCGUUGUUUUUGUGAUCCAUUUGAGAUAGUUUUUUAUUUGAUGCUAGAUUUAGUUAGAGCCAAUUCAGCAGUGCAAUUUAAAUUACGUUCUGUUUAGAUAGCAUCAUAUUUUACCUCAGAUAUUACUAUUGAAACAUGAAACAUUUUCAGUGAAUAAAAAUUGAA